AUGGAUGGGGCCAACAGUGACCAACGCGGCGACUUCGCCGCCGACCUCUUCUCUCGCGUGCUGCGCGGCGCUGAGCACGACAAAGCCAGCGACUCUGCGACUGACAGUGGUGCUGCUGCUGUCGGUGGCUUUCUCGUGUGCCUGGACGUCCCUGCAGCCACCGAGUUCGGCGUGGACUACGAAGUGUUCCGCACGGGGCCGAAGUUCCAGGGCGUCAAGUUCCUCCCGCUGGGGAUCCACUUCGUGCUCUUCCGCUCUCGGGAGCAGGAGCACGGCAUCCGCCAGGGAUUCUUCGUCAAUGUGGAGCGCCACGCCCAGGUGAUUGUGCGCGAGUGGAGCAUAGAGAAGGAGGAGCUGGGGCCGCCGCGACCAGGCCUGAACCCCGAGAACCUCGAGCGUGCCGUGCUGUCGUUUCAGCUAGAUAGCGGGUUGGGGCCGUACCCGAAGCAGCACCUGAAAACGUGGCAGCGGCUCUCCAACUUCAUUUCGCCAUCAGUGCUGCAGCGCUGCGGUGUCGAGUUUGGCGCAAUCCUCCUCCCUGGAGACGCGGUGGAGGAUGCUGCGACCUCGACGAAAACGCAGGAGGGCGUUAUUCCAUACUUUCCAGACCUACCACGAACAGUGCGCUUUACAACGCUGCAGAAGACUCGGACAGAUCUGUCGGCGGAAGCGCGGACAGCAUACCAUUUCGAUCGGAGGUGGAGGCUGGAAGAAUUGAUUGAGACGGAUUUUGGCGGCGACUGGAAAGAGCUCGUUGGCGAGCUGCAGCUGUCGUUCCUUGUUUUCCUGCAGCUGUCGUCCCUUGCUGCACUGGAGCAAUGGAAGCAGUUCAUUGCACUCCUGUGUUCGUGCGAGAGAGCACUCUCCACCCACGUGGCGCUGUUUCUCGCGUUCAUCAAGCUCUUCAGGACGCAAUUGGAGCAGAUCCCCGAGGACUUUUUCCAGGACGAAACGACCAGCGAGAACUUCCUGCGGCCGUGCCUGCUGUCGCUGCUGGAGCUGAUCGAGGACGACGACUGUCCGCCGCAGCUCCUCGCCAGUCGCUUCCACUGGGACACAGAGGCCGAGCUGGAGCUGGACGAGUUCGCGCCCGUCGUGGUGCCCCAGGACGAGGUAAGCCAAUUGAUACCCUGCGAUACCCAAACCCGGGUCUACAGUAUCUAA